AUGUUAGCCUCAUCUGAGGCACAACAACAGCAAAGUCAAACUGAGGGCGGUGAUGAGACGUUAAGUACCAAAGCCAUGGAAGAGAUACACGAUCAUUACAGAAGCCGAAUUGUGACGUUAGAGAGCGAGCUAGAACAUGCAGAGAAUGCAAAUAUCACGGAGAGAAGCCGUAGCGAUCAAUUAGCCUUGGAGUGCGAUGAUCUGAGUGAAGAGGUGGGCAAGUUUACAAUGAAGCUGAAUACCCUGACCAACCGUAUCACUGAGAAGAACGAAGAGAUCCACACCAUAGAAAAGCUGUACGAGGAAAGUGAAUCGACGAACCAGGCUCUCAAAUUGGACAACGAGAAACUCGCGUCCGAAAUGGUUAUCUUGCGUGUACAUCUUGAAGACGCUCGAGAACAGGUCGAACUUGCAAAAACACAGAUUAAGGCACAACCUGUGCUAAAACAACCAGAACCAUCAGAAGUCUCGCAAGCAGCCAACUCUACCGAAGACAGUGGUAUGUUAGCAGGUAGCAACACCACCGAUGAUAAGAAUACUAUUGAAAGCGCGGAGUCACAGACACAGGCGAAGGGGGUAUCUCAGAUCCAUGUGAUUGAUGAGUGUAACGAGGCGGUGAGAAUAGCCAGUGUCACAGCUGUCGCACAGUUGUUGGCGAUGGAGGAGGAGUAUAAGGGCAAACUGCUUGCCAUGGAAUCUAGAUUUGAGAAGGAGAAGGACGCGCUCAGACGACGCGAGGUCGAUCUUAAGCAGGCCGUCUCCACCUCGCAAAGGGAAACCGAGAAACACCAGGAGUACAUUCUAAAACUCAAAAAAGAAAUUCUGGAUAGGACGAGACUACUUGAAGAACACUACCGCAACAAGCUAGACUCCGACCGCCGGCUAAAGCAAGCCAACAAGUCCAUGCAGAUCCUCCUGAAAUCCCGCGAUAAAGGCUCAAUGAUGAAACUGCAAUUGCAAUCACUCUACACUGCAUUCACUAAACACGAGCGGGCGGCAACAAUUAUAUUCAAGAAUCUCUCUGCGACUAGUGUGGAGCAGAAAAAGGGCCUCAUUCAGUCUGGACUGAUUAAGCGGCACGUCAAGGGUAUCGCUAUUCCGACAUACGCAGUUCUCAUCCAGAAUUGGCUGUUCCUCUACCGUCCAGAGAAGAAAGAGAAUCCAAGCACGUGUUUGCACAUUGACACGUGGCACGUGUCGCGCAUGACGGUUCCAGGCCAACACAUCUUGACUCUGCAGGAGAGUGAUUGCACAGCUGUUGUACAGACUUUGGAAUUGGUGAACCAGAAAACACAAGAAGACUGGUAUGUAGGCAUCCUGAGGGCGUCCAAGUGGUGGGCAACCGAUGAUGAUAAUGUGGCUGCCAUUUUGGAGAAGGAGAAGAAAAAGACGGCACAAUCUAUGCAGAAAAUGAAGGUUAUAUCGCUCGCUGAAGCUCAGCAAACCUCGCGGCAUGUACAGUCCAUUGCCGCCAGUGCUGGAGCGAAAUAAUAGAAUUAAUAUAAUUUGUUUAAUAGCUUUUGUUACUCCAUUUCAAAUUGCGGGGUUGCAUGUUUACAUUGUACUUUGAUUGAAUCCUGGCGGUUUUAUUGUUUUUCGCUAUCGAGAUUUAAACCAAUCCAGUAGGAUAUUUUUAACUCUUGUCGUCAAGAUCAGAAUAUUCACACCUGUGAUGCUUGGAGGUUCCC